CCCGCCACCACAGCGGAGAGAGCUGCUUAAACAUGGCGGCGGCUGUGAAACAGCUCGGCUGUGAGAAGCUGAUUAACAGAUGGAACUUCGACUUUUACGCCUCCAGAGCUGUGGACGCGUUUCGAAAUGCAGAUUACAGCGGUUUCACUCAGUUCAGGGAUCUUAUCGAAGCCUUGGUGGUCAGACCCAUCGAUGGAUGCAGUGACAUGAAGAUCAAACUGCGUUUAAUGCAGUUUCUCUCACAGAUAAAUGAUGGGGACAAACCUGAUGUUAGAUUUCAGAACCACUUAACCCCGCUGGAGUCGGCCUUGAAGACAUUUGAAGAUAUCUGUACAGAAACAGAGGUUUUGCAAAAUGACUUGGAGAAAGUACACACCUCGAUCAGAGAAAUGCUUGUUAUCGUUUGCAUCAAGAAUGAACAGUUUCAAAAAGCUGGAGACAUGCUGCACAGAUACUUUCCCAGAGGAACAGAUUCCGCCGGCAAGAAAAAGCUGCUUGAGGAUCUCAUCAAAAGGAGAUGCAGCAGACACGCAGUGAUUAAGUCAGCGUCAUACAGUGAAUUCAAACAGGACAUGCUGGACUUCAUUGAGAAACUCUACCCUCUUCCAGAACCAUUCUUGGUCAAGAUAGUCAAGUCGGCAAAACAAGGGCAGAGGAUUGACGUUGGGGUUCCCAGAGCUGUUCGGGCAGCGCAUGAACAAUCAUCCACACAGGACAGAGCCACGCAGAGCAAGCAACUGCCCAGUGAGCAGACAGUUGCAGAACAUUGUCUGUUGAAGCCUGGACCAAACCUACCAGCCAGAAAUGGCCACCGCAGUGCUCAGCCCACCUGUCCUUCGGUAACAGUGCCACUUAGUCUGAACAGACUCAGGACUGUUUAUCUAGAACUUGCCAAGAUUUUUUCAGUUUCAGCUUCCUUCUCUCAGCUGGAGGAGGAGGUGCAGAAGGAGGCAGAGCAGGAGAGCGGAAUAGACCUUGAACUAAAUGAGCUUAAUCUCAGGCUUUCUGAGACUCCAGUGGAUGUGUUUUUGCGUCAGGAUGAGGAGAAUGGGAGUGCAGUUGAAGAAAGAUCCUCUCAGGCACAGCCCAAUAGAGAUGACCACAGCAUAGACCAGCCUGUGGAACAGGAGAAAGAAAGGCCAGGAGACCUAACAGUAACAGGUAGCAUCAUGGAGACUUCAGGAAGUGGCUCCAUUUUAGCUCCAUACCAAGUCAGGGAGGUGAAUUCAGCUACUCCAGAAAGCACAAAUGCACAUCCACUUGAAAACAGCAAGAGAAGUCCAGGUGCUGCUGUGUCUGCCAUCACGGUAGCACAGCUAGUGAUUGAGGAGGAUAGUCAGCCCAGUGAUAUGGAAGCCACCGAUUGUCAACAGACUCCCAGCCCCCUGAAAACAGGAUCCAGUGAAGAUGAUCCGCUUCGGUCAUUGCCCAUAAACUCUACACCAGUCAGGAAAAAACGCAGACCGGCUUCCAACAGGAGGAGUAUUCCUAGUGAACCAGAGCCUGCGUCCCCCCAGCAGCCAACUGAGCCACAGAACUGGUCCACCCCUAUGAAGGGGGCAUCCCCCAGCCCCUCGUCUUCUGAAUGCACACCUGAUGAACUCCACAAACAGACCCUGAAGAUGAGGCGCAGAAAUAGUGAAAGCGGAAGUGAAGAGGGCAUCGUGAUGGACUCUCCUGCCUCAGCUAGAAGACCUAACCAGUCCACCUAUAGAAGGUUGAUGAACGUGACAGGCCAGCGGGAACUAUGGAGUGAUGAAGAAUCCCUGUUUGCUCCCUCCACCUCUACGUCUGCCCGAGGACAAGGCUCAUCAAGCAGUGACAGCCAAGGCAAAAGAAAGAUGUGGACCAACGAAGAGUCAGACUGGGUGAAGCAAGGAGUGGCUCGUUAUGGAGAAGGCCGAUGGGAGAAAAUCAAGUGCUCGUUCCCUUUUAAAGGCCGCACAGCGGUGAAUAUCAAAGAUCGUUGGCGUACAAUGAAAAAGCAGAAGUUGGUUUAAGACUGUGGUUCCUAAUUUUGGUCUCUUGGUCUCUUGAUCCAAAUACUCAGGCAAUUAACAAGCCUUUUCACUAAAAUGUGCAGGGCAGGAGUUUUCCAGCACC